UUUUCUUGUUUUCUGCUUGUUUUUUCUUCUUCUUCCUCUUCUUCUUCUUCUUCUUCGGCUUGGUUUUGCGCAACCCACCAACAACAAGAAGAGAGUCGACAGAGAGAGAGAGAGAAAGAGAGAGAGCAAAAAACAAGCAGACCAAAACAGCAACCACCUCAAAUCGCUAGCAUUGGAGAAGCCGAGCAUUGACAAUGUCGUCUGCGUUGGACGCGGCUGGAUCAUCGUCAUCGUCCGCGGCUGCUGCUGCUGCGGCGUCAUCGCUGGGCUCUUCUGCUGCUGCUGCUACGGCGUCAUCAGCCACGGGUCAGCCACGGGUGCUGGUGCCGGUGGCGACGACGACUGCGGCAUGACCUUCUCGCAGCGCGUCCUCGAGCGAGCAACCGCUGCUAAAAUCACGCUAGAGCAGUUUUACGAGAAUCUGCUCGCCCAGCACCGCGAGCGCACAGAGCGGAGAACCAAGCUCGAGGCAGACCUCAUCGACAUUCGCAGCGAAAAGCGCCGCCAGCUGAUGACCAAGGAGACCGAGUUCCUGCGUCUCAAGCGCUGCAGACUCGGCAGCGAGGACUUUGCCACGCUCAAGGUCAUUGGACGAGGCGCCUUCGGAGAGGUGCGUCUGGCGCAAAAGAUCGACACUGGGCACAUCUACGCAAUGAAGGUCUUGCGCAAGGAAGACAUGCUCAAGAAGGAACAGGUCGCACACGUCCGCGCAGAGCGUGAUAUAUUAGCUGAAGCUGACAAUCCAUGGGUUGUGCAGCUCUUUUACUCAUUCCAAGACGCGUCCUCGCUCUACCUUGUGAUGGAGUUCCUUUCCGGCGGAGACAUGAUGACCAUGCUGAUGCGCUACGAUACAUUCUCCGAGGACGUCACUCGAUUUUACGUCGCAGAAUCCGUGGCUGCAAUCAACUCAAUCCACAAGCUUAACUUUAUUCAUCGUGAUAUCAAGCCAGAUAAUCUACUGCUCGAUCCUAAAGGCCAUAUCAAACUGUCCGAUUUUGGUUUGUGUACCGGUUUGAAAAAGUCACAUCAAACGGAUUACUAUCGAAAUUUGAUGAACCCUGCCAACACGGGCGGGGCACCUCCAAAGAAAAUUAACUUUAGCGGCUACGACACAAAGAGCAAGGCAAUGACGUGGAAGAAGAAUCGUCGCGCGUUGGCGUACUCCACGGUCGGUACUCCGGAUUAUAUUGCUCCGGAAGUCUUCCUUCAAACAGGCUACACCAAGAGCUGCGACUGGUGGUCCUUGGGUGUCAUCAUGUUUGAGAUGCUCAUCGGCUACCCACCCUUCUGCUCGGAAACCGCUCAAGAAACAUACCGGAAAAUCAUGUCCUGGAGGACAUCCCUCAUCUUCCCACCUGAAGUGCCGAUUUCUCGCGAGGCCCAGGAUCUCAUCACCCGCCUUUGCACGGAUGCCGAUCGACGAAUUGGGCGCGAGGAUGUCGCCGAAAUAAUGGCUCAUCCAUUUUUUGUGGGUGUCAACUGGGACCACAUCCGUGAGUCGCCCGCCCCAAUCGAUCCCGGUGUGCGAUCUAUCGCAGACACGUCCAAUUUCGACGACUUCCCAGAAGCCGCACCAGAGCAAGAAGAAAUUAACGAGAAGGACGCCGUCAAGGAUCUGGCCUUCCUGAACUACACAUUCAAACGGUUUGAAGGGCUCACGCUUCGACAAAAGCUCUCCAGCGGGCGCCCAUGAUAGCCUCAUUCCCCCCCCCCACUUUUGUCCUUGUACUUUUUCUUCCCUGGUUAUCUCAUACUUCCUCGUACGCAGCGCGAUCAGGGCUUCAUUGUAAUUGUGUAUGUGUGUGUUUUCUUUUUUUCGGUCAUAGUUUUUGUUCCCUCUCUACCUUUGUUGCUCGCUCCAAUCUCUUAUUGUUUUGGUGUCUUUUUUUCUUGUUCCACUCGUCACAAGAAUAUACAUUUUUUCGCCCCCA